GCGCUUCAGCUUGAACACUCGAAAGUUGCUUCGCCGUCAGAACAGCAGCAGCUGCAGCGGGGGCUUUUCUCCCAGAUCCUGCUGGGAUCUCUUUGGGAGCCUUCGCAGACGGAUUUGCACAGAUUUUUCAGAGGAUUAGCACUACCAUGGCUUCUGAAAAUGCAGAAACGGAAGAAACUCUCACUUGUCUCCGCAUGACCCUUUAUCAUCCAGAUCAAGGAGAAAAUCAAGUAUAUGGUGACUUGAGCUUUAGCCAGUGCCAGCGAGUGAGAGCACAUGAUGUGAUCAUAUUUGGCAGAGACAGUAAUGUUUGCCAUUUUAACUUGACAGAUGGACGCGUGUCUCGCAUUCAGUUUGCCCUCCAGGUCUUCAGAUUGUUCAACAGCACAGAGUUUGGUUUUGAGAUAAAGAAUCUGAGCAAAAAGGUGAAUAUAAUUGUGAACAAUGUUGAACUGUCAUACCUAAACAAGGUUGACUUGCCAGAAAACAGCAUUGUUUGCUUUGGAGAUUACGAGAUCCUAAUGGAAAAACAAAGAGGACGAUCAGAAGAUUACUUUGAAAUUUGCUUUGAAUUGGCCAGUGCUUCGUUGUCGCUGGACAGAAAUGUAUCUUUUCAUCAGUCUAUACCUGAAAGUGGCAUUUCAGCUCCAACAGAGAUGGAUGAAAAUGAAUGAGAAAAAUCUCACAAAGGCCAGGCAGGCUAAUUUCUGUAUUAUAGUAUUCAGCACCUCCUUUUUUGGUUUCUAUUCCAUAGCAAUUGUUAUAAUUCAUACUUGUAAGGAUAAACAAAGUAUGGGAAUACUUUAUAUAUUCAAAAUUGACCUUUUAAACAUCAAAUAGCUCUCCUGAUAAAUAUGAAAAAAGGCUGUUAAACCAUGGUUUCCGGUUAUUGAAUAUUUGUUACAAAAUAGUAUACCUAAUAAUCCUUUAUAUGCAAAGAUGAUAUACUUUUAAUAAUUGAAACCAUGUAAGAUUUAUAUAUAUAUAGAUGACAACUUAUUAGGAAACUCUUAACCUACUAUUUUAAAAUAUGGUUUUGAAUUUUUUGUACUAUAUUUUAUAAUUUGUUAUAUAAAAUUUAAUAAAAUUUGAAUGAAAAAAAUAAUUCAUACUUAUAGAACAUUAACUUGCACUAUGAAUAAAUUAGUAUUAUCC